UUUUUUCUUGUCAGUGUUUCAUCAAGCAUCAAACAUGAAGUUACUACUAUCAUAUCUCAUAACAAUUAUUCUGGUAUAUUUUCAACCCACCGAUGCAAAAGUCACAGAAGAUUGGGACAGUAUUGACAGUAGAACAGUACCCGAUUGGUACGACAAAGCAAAAGUAGGCAUUUUUGUUCACUGGGGCCUCUUCGCAGUACCUGGCUACGAUAGCGAAUGGUUCUGGAACGAAUGGCGAGCGCAAGGUAAAAUAGACGUUUUAGAAUUCAUCAAGCAAAACUAUCCUCCAGGAUUUACUUAUCAGGAAUUUGCUAAUCAAUUUACUGGGGAAUUUUUCAAUGCUACUGAAUGGGCGAGUUUAUUUAAACGUGCCGGAGCUAAGUAUGUUGUUCUGACCAGCAAACACCAUGAUGGUUAUACUUUGUGGCCUUCGAAGUAUACGUAUUCGUUUAAUAGUGUUGAUAUGGGACCUCACAAGGACAUAGUGAAAGAAGUAGGCGAUGCUGUAAGGGCUGAAGGUCUUAGAUACGGUUUAUACCAUUCUUUAUUGGAAUGGUUCAAUCCCUUAUAUGUUGCUGAUGUAGCCAAUGGUGGCGCUACAACCGAGUUUGUAGACAACAAGAUUUUUCCAGAAAUGGUUGAAUUGGUUAACACAUAUCAACCAGAAAUAUUUUGGUCGGAUGGAUCAUGGGAUAUGUCAGAUGUUUAUUGGAAAUCUACCAAAUUCCUUGCUUGGCUAUUCAAUGAGAGUCCUGUCAAAGAUACCGUGCUAACCAACGAUAGAUGGGGCAACAAUACUAAUUGUCUUCAUGGAGAUAUUCAUACGUGUAUUGACAGGUACAAUCCAGGCGUUUUACAAGCUCACAAAUGGGAAAAUGCUAUGACCAUUGACUGGCGAUCCUGGGGAUAUAGAAGGAAUUCUAACAUAGAAGAUUAUGCUACAACAAAACAACUUAUUGAGCUCCUAAUUGAAACUGUUAGCUGUGGAGGAAAUAUUUUAAUUAACGUCGGACCAACAAAAGAAGGCCAUAUUGACCCAUUAUAUCAAGAACGCUUGGUGAGUUUAGGAGAAUGGUUAUCCAUCAAUGGGGAAGCCAUUUACGAAUCACACCCAUGGGUUAAAUAUCAAAAUGAUACUUUGACCAGUGGAGUGUGGUUUACACAGAAAAAUGGCUUCACUUAUGCCUCAGUGCUUGAUUGGCCGGAAAAUAAUGUGUUAAAACUUAGAGCUGUUUCUGAGCUAAUUAAUUCCAACACUAGAAUUUAUAUUUUGGAUGGCAAUAGAGAAUUAAAUUUUACGGGAGAUAAUGGAAUAGUUUCCAUUGAAAUGCCUGAUAGGGCUGGUGUGCGAAGCAAUGAUGCAUGGGUUAUUAAAAUACAGUAGAAUGAAUGUUGAGAAAUAAUAAAACAUGUUUUCGUUGGGUU